GGUCAGCAGGCUUUAGUUGUUGUCAGUCAGGCGCUCCUAGGGAUCAGAAUGGCUGGUGUAAGGGUUGCAGUAGUCACAGGGGGCAAUAAGGGGGUGGGUCUGGCGGUAGUCAGGGCUUUAUGUAAGCAGUUUAAGGGAGAUGUGUAUCUGACAGCCAGGGACCCCAAGCUGGGGCAAGAAGCUGUCAAGGCCCUGCAGGAGAAGGAAGGGUUGUCCCCUCACUUCCACCAGCUGGACAUCAAUGACCUGCAGAGUAUCCGGGCUCUCAGGGACUUCCUGAAGCAGAAGUACGGAGGGCUGGAUGUGCUCAUCAACAAUGCCGGCAUUGCAUUUAAAACUGCUGACACCACCCCAUUCGGCAUCCAAGCUGAAGUCACCAUGAAAACCAACUUCUUUGCGACUAGAGACGCAUGCAAUGAAUUGCUGCCGCUGAUCAAGCCGCACGGGAGAGUCGUCAAUGUAUCCAGCAUGGUUAGCUUCAGUUCCUUAGGCCGCUGCAGCCCGAAGCUACAGGAGGUGUUCCGAAGUGACUCUAUCACAGAGGAGGAACUGGUGAAGCUCAUGGAGAAGUUUGUAGAAGAAGCCAAGCAAGAUAUCCACCAAAAAGAAGGCUGGCCAAACUCUGCUUAUGGAGUGUCCAAAAUCGGAGUGACUGUGCUGUCAAGGAUCCAGGCCAGGCUCUUAAGUGAGACAAGAAAAGAAGAUGGAAUUUUGCUAAAUGCCUGCUGUCCAGGGUGGGUGAGGACCGAUAUGGCUGGUCCUAAUGCCACCAAGUCGCCAGACGAAGGUGCGGAGACACCAGUGUAUCUGGCUCUGCUUCCACCAGAUGUAACUUCACCUCACGGGGAGCUGGUUAGUGAGAAGAAAGUAGUGAAAUGGUAACAUCUACCAAAAAAAUCUAUCACAGAGCCUUUCGAUUGUGCCUAGCCGCCAGGAGGCUGUCGGGUUACCCAUGUGCAGCCUGCAAAAAGCACAUUGGCCCUUCCUUUUUAGAAUGCUUGGUGAUUAUUGUGGUUCUGCACCAACUGGACGGUUUCUAAUAAAAUGCCUCUAUGUUAAAAUAUAACAGCACUUGUUGUUAAGCUAGUUUUUAUAUUUUAUUUAGAAAUUAAUUCAUUUGCUUCUGAAUAAAUAUAAUCUGUUCGGA